UCAUUCCAUGAGGACAUGAUAAGUUCAAUUCAAGCAUAUCAAAUUAACCCUCAUUCUUGCAUUUUCUGGUUAAUUCUCUCCAAUCCUAUUCAAUGUGUUAACACAUAAUACUGCCGAUGAGUACAUGAUUGGGGAAUUCCUUUUUAAUAGCUUUGCUGCCUUCUAACCAAUAUUUGGCUGAUUUCUCACUGAUUAAUUCAAUGUUAGCAUAUCCUGGGUCCUAUUUAAGUGGAUCAGUAGUGCUUUUGUAUAUUCUUGGAGACACAUUGGUGAUAGCAUCUUUAUCCAAAACAAAAGUCUUCACAACUGCAAAGCCCCAUCCUUCCUAAAAUGCUCUUUUUAUCAUAGGAUAUGAAGUGGUAGGUGGUGCUGAAGCCAAACCAAAAGGAUUAGGGAAGUUAACUCCAAGGAUAUUAAUACUAAGAUCUAUGUUGUCAAUUUCUGUGGUGUAAGAUGGUAGAUGA